AUGAAUUUAGCAAGGUAUAGCAAAGAGUAUAUUGAUGGCAUUGAAUCAUUUCUAGAUUUUGCUUACUCUUAUGGAGAUCCUCAUGGAGAGAAAAUUCAGUGUCCAUGUGCGAAAUGUUGUAAUAUUCUUUGGAACCGAAGGAAUGUAGUGUAUGAUCAUCUAAUAUGCCAUGGAUUCGUUAAAGGCUAUACUAGAUGGAUCAAUCACGGGGAAUGGGAUAUCAAGUUGAAUGUUGAUGAUGAUAUGGAUUACUCGUGUGAUGAUAUUGAUUGGUUGUUGAAUGAUCAAUUUAGAGAUGUUGCACAGGCUGGAGAAGUUUAUGAUGGUCCAAAUCAAGAUGCAAAGAAAUUCUAUAGCUUACUUGAAGAGGCAAACCAAGAAUUAUAUUCUGCUUGUAUAGGUUUCUCUAAAUUAUCAUUCACACUUCGCUUAUAUUUGUUGAAGUGUUUACAUGGAUGGAGCAAUGAAUCAUUCACUUCUCUUCUAGAGUUAUUAAAAGAGGCGAUGCCCGAGUUGAACAUUCCUCAGUCUUACAAUAAAACCAAGUCUAUGGUUAAGAAUCUUUGUCUGGAUUAUGAUAAAAUUGAUGCAUGUCCAAAUGAUUGCAUGUUGUUCAGGAAUGAUCAUAAGGAUGACGAAUUUUGUCAUACUUGUGGAGCUUCACGAUAUAUUCAAGCUCCUAAAGUUGAUAGUGAGCUUGAGUCUUCAAAAAAACAACAUCGAGUUUCUGCAAAGACUUUGAGACACUUUCCAUUAAUUCCUAGACUCAAAAGGCUAUUUAUGUGCUCAAAGACGGCAGAUUCUUUGAGGUGGCAUGAAGAGGAAUGUUCUAAAGAUGGAAAGUUAAGGCAUCCUGCUGAUGGUCUAGCAUGGAAAUACUUUGAUAGGGUGCAUCCAGAUUUCGCACAAGAUUGUCGCAAUGUGAGACUUGGCUUGUCAAGUGAUGGAUUCAAUCCAUUUCGAACCAUGAACGAGUUAAAAUUAUUAUGGGAUUCUGGGGUUGAAACAUAUGAUGCUUCCAGAAAUGAAACUUUUCAAAUGCGGGCAGCUCUUAUGUGGACAAUCAGUGAUUUUCCUGCAUAUGCUAUGUUAUCUGGUUGGAGUACAAAAGGAAAGCCUCCUCCAGCUCCUUUAAAGGGAAUUGAUGUUCUUAAUAGCUUGCGUGAUUUUGAAAAUGUGUUUGGGAAGAAGAAAAAGAGAUCAAAUGAUGGCCCAUGGAAAAAAAGGUCAAUUUUUUUUGAAUUACCUUACUGGCAGCACAACUUGUUACGUCACAACCUUGAUGUAAUGCACAUAGAGAAGAACAUAGUUGAUAGCAUACUUGGAACUCUUUUGGAUAUUUCAGGAAAAACAAAGGAUCAUGCAAAAGCACGGUAUGAUUUGAAAGAUAUGGGAAUCAGGAAGAACCUUCAUCCACAAGAUACAGAAGAUAGUAAGAGAACAAAGUUUACAAAGGCGUGCUUCUCAAUGACAAAUGGAGAGAAAUCCAUCUUUUGUGGAGUUUUAAAGACAGCCAAGCUACCUAAUGGUAGUGCCUCCAAUAUAUCUAGGUGUGUGCACUUGGAUGAAAGAAAGGUGUCUAAUUAUAAAACCCAUGAUGCUCAUUUCAUGUUACAUUACUUGCUUCAAAUACCAAUUAAAAGCAUUCUUCCUGAUCAUGUGGCUAUUCCUUUGAUUCGUCUAAGUUCCUUCUUCCAUCGUUUGUGCCAAAAAGUAAUCACAUUGGAGGAACUGGAUUGCUUAGAAGUAGAGAUCAUAGAAACAGUAAAUCAGUUGGAGCGAAUUUUUCCUCCUUCAUUUUUUGAUAUCAUGAUUCAUUUGCCUAUUCAUUUGGUGAAUGAAGUGAGAUUAGGCGGCCCAGUGCAAAAUCGAUGGAUGUAUUCCACUGAAAGAGAAAUGGGUACACUCAAAUCAUACAUUCGCAAUAGGCGUUUUCUAGAAGGUUGCAUAGCAGAGACACGAGUGGGAAUAGAUUGCAUGAAUUUAUUCUCAAAAUAUCUGCAUCGGGGUGUGCAUACAAGAUUUAAUAGGAGAGCGCGAAACAAUGAUGAAUGUGACCCAAGUGACGCAGAACCUGCUGAACUUCAAAAUUGCCAAAAUUCUGGGGAAACAGCUGAUGAUGCAUUUAGGGCAGUGUUUGGAAUGGAGCAGCCUGGUCGAGUUAGGUGCUAUGGUAGAUCACUGACAACAAGUUCCUUGAAGAAAGAUGAGGAAAUUAACAAUCUAAAACAAAAGCAUGCCGAUGAAAUCACUUCUCUAAAGGAAGAAUUGAGAGAAGAAAUGCGACAUUUAUUCACUCAAUUGCUGCAAAACAACCCUGGAUUGAAUUUUCAACAUAUACCAGGGUGUGUUGGAUCUAACCUUGCUUCACCUAUUGAUGCAAGUAGUGCACAAGCUGUAAGAGGCACAAAUCUUCCAUUUUCUUCGGGGUCAGCUCAAGAUUCGGUUCUUCAAAAGAUGCCAAUGGUGUUCAAUUAA